UGUAGAUGGCCUUUUCUUUCAUUUGCGCUCAUGUUGCUAUGUUGAUGCUCUGAGCUCAGUGGCAAAAUGGCCUCUGCCUUUUCAAUUGCAGAAUUUCUUUCUGCGUUUUUUUUCGUUUCCAGAUUGUACAACUGCUAUAGGGCCCGUCGUUCUCUGUGGAUGGUGGCUACAAAGGAGGCAGGCAGUGGCGCACAAGUCCCGCCUGUAUUUCCCUCUGGAGGAGUCUCAAUAUCGGCGCUCCCGACUGGGGAUUGGAGCGGCGGCGUGUCAGUAAAUGAGCCCACCCUUCACACGGUGUGUGUGAGGGAAACCGAGCCAGACAGUGACGGAUCUGAUCUUACAGUCAUCAGCUGCCUGUCACACCAGCACGCCACAGUACCGACCCGGAGCCUUCCGCCGCGCUGUGACACCUGGCGGGGAUGGAGGGAGAGAUGCAGCCCGCAGAUGAAGGGCCCUGCGCCCCGAAGAUGUGCCGACAACAACGGGGUCCGUACAGCACCCUAAAAACCUUCCAGAGCAAACGCUCGGCGGGCAAGUCGCGCUUUGACAGGUCUGCUGUGGUCGAGGUGCCUCUGUUUGGCGACGGACAUCACUUCACUUUCCAUCCAGAGCGGCAGCAUCAUUUCCAGCCGCACCAUCAUCACCAUCACCACCAGCACCAGCGCCUGCAGCAGCUCCACCAAACCAGCGUUGCUAUCAGCAGCAGCAGCCAACAACCUCACCCGACGCCUCAGCAGCAGCAGCAGGGUCGGUUCCCAUGUGAGAACAGGCCCAGCAGCAGGGUCCCGACAUCCACCUCAGCGGCCGCGGCAGCUGGGACCCAGCAGCAGCGCGCCAGCAGCGGCAGAGCGGAGCCCAGAUUGUCUCCAGACUGCACCUAUGGUAUCAGCUCAGAGAAUCGUCUCAUCCUGGAUGCCUUUGCCCAGCAGUGUAGCCGAGUCCUCAGCCUCCUUAACAACGGCCGUCUCCUGGAGCCCUCCUCCUCCUUCACCUCCAACAUCAAGCUAGAAGAGGGGCCAGGGGCGGUACAGGGGCUUCACUGCUCCUCACUGGGGAAGACCAAACCUGAAGAGAGUUCUUCCACCACAGACCCAGAAGAGGAGGCCCAACAAAGCCAUUUGAACCAACAACAAACCUCUGCCGUUCUUCGCAUCUUCACAGACUCCCUACAGAACUAUCUGCUCUCAGGGCCGCAGCAGCAGCACCAGCAACAUCUGGCUGCCGGUCUGGAGGAUGAGCAGUGUCCGUUGGCAGAGCCUGGCUCUGGGGUGUCUCCUCCAAGACAUAACCUGGGAGGCUGGGGCUCACCGACUCCGUCAGAGUCGUACGGCCACCCUUCGUCCACACUGCCUGAGGAGGAAGAGGAGGAGGAGAGCUGCUGUCCACGCUGCCUGGAGUUGGAGCAGGAGGUGCUGUCGCUGCAGCAGGAGAACGAGGAGCUCCGCAACAAGCUGGAGAAUAUCCCAGUUCCUUGUCAAAAGGCUCUUGACUACUUCAAGACUGUUCUCGAGUUUCACAACCAGCUGGUCCAGCCGAUGCCAGAGGAGCAGCUCACAGAGGAAGAAGAGCGGCAAACAGUCUUUGAGGGCAGUAAGCAGCUCUUGGAGAACUACCCUCUCUUCAUCUCUAAUAAGCAGUGGGACGAAGCCGUCAACUCCUCUAAGAAAGAUGGCAGGCGGCUGCUGCGCUACCUGAUUCGCUUUGUCUUCACCACUGACGAGCUCAAGUUCUCCUGCGGUCUGGGCAAAAGGAAGCGUUCGGUCCACUCAGGAGAUCCAGGCCUGGAGAGACGACCACUCAACCCCGUCAAAGUCAGCUGCCUCAGAGAAUUCAUCCGGAUGCACUGUGCCUCAAACCUGGACUGGUGGAUGCCCUCAGAGGAGCAGAUCAACAAAGUAUUCAGCGAUGCCGUCGGUCAUGCUCGUCAGGGCCGAGCGGUCGCUACGUUCCUGGGCAGCAGCGGAAGCAGCACCAGCAGCCUCUACAUGGAAGGCUUUGACGGACAUCUGUCACAGGACGAACUGUAUUUGAAAGGCUGUCAGAACGGCCAAUCGGACUGAAGGUAGAGGAGAAAUUAAAGACAAAUGGCGGAAAUGUAGCUGUACUACAACAUAUCCCAAAACAAUGACCUGAACCUGUCACUUUACACAGUGAAGAAAACAUUCCAGAAGUUUAUCAUACAGAAUAUAACUCCAGUCUUGCUGAAGCAGUUUGAAUAGUUUAUAGCUGUUUUGCCAUUCUUAUACCUGCGAUUUUGUUGUUUGUUUUAGUCAAUAUUUGACUCUUAAGGUGUUUUAAACUUUUAAAAUUUUAGUCUUCCACUUGCUACUUUUUCCUAUGGUUAGCUGUUUUGAUCAGCUGUGUCCCUUUCAAUGGAAUUCGUUUUGUUUUGUGUUUUCGGGGUUGCAGUCAGUUAAUUUUUUUCAAUUUACACGCUUACCUUAAGGUCAUCAGGAAGCUGUUUUUGUAAAUGUUACCCAAGUUAGACACUCAUUGCAUCCAUCACUGACAUUGCGCCCUCCAUUACGGAAAGUAGCAUUUAAUAUUUUUCUGCCAAAUUCUUCAUCAUUGGCGAAGCACCUUUACUUGCAGCCCUUCAAUAGGAGUGCCUCUGAAAAAAAUCCUGUUUUGUCACCUGUAGCCUUGCACUUGUUUUUCCUAAUAUGAAUCACUUCCGAUGUGUCAAGUUAUAAAAAGAAAAAGUGCAUUCAAAGUCUUGGCAAUGUGCUUAGAUGCACCUUCCCUUGGGUUGAAAGCCGUUUCAGUCAAGGCUGAUCUGUUUUGAACUUCCUGCAGCAGAUUUCAAGAUAUGCAACUGAAAAGAAAACCGCGCGUCAUAUUGCAGGACAGUCAACAAUAUUAAAGUACUCAUAUUAUGCUUUUUGGCUUUUCCCUUUCCUUUAUAUUAUUACAUAUGUAUUUUGUGCAUGUAAUAGGUUUACAAAGUGAAAAAAGCCCAAGGUCCACCCCAAAGGGAAAUCACCAUCUCCAACAGAAAACACUGUUCGCAAACUACUCCAAACAGCUCUGUUGUAGUCCAGCCUUUACUUUCGUGACAAACGUACGUCACUUUGUAACAAAUGCUAUAAUGCUCGCCUAGCUGCUAGCGUGGCACGCCCUCAUACUCUGCUUCUGGUUGGAUAAUUGUCCUAACUUAGGUAGUGCUUGUGUCCGACUCCCAACAAAGAUGGAACAGAAGUGAGAUGCCUGAGAGCUCAAAACACAGGGUGAACGUGUGCCUUGCUCAAGAGCACCUGGCAGCGCCCAGGAUGUGAACUGGCAAAUCUCCAGCUACCAAUUUACACUCUGUACUUUGGUCCGUACUGGGACUUGAACCAUUUGCAGUACAACAAAAAUAUGGUAUUUUUUGAAAAUUAAACCAUGUAAACCUAUUCUGGUAUAACCUCUAAAUACAAUUAUGAACCUGAAAAUGAGCAUAAUAUGAGCACUUUAAGAUCUUCUUUACAAGAGGUCUCCUAAAUUAGUUGGAAGUGCUGUAGGCCUAUAUGCCAGUGAUAUAAUGCUGAUCUUUCUUCCAUUAAAUGAAGGUAUUCUUAUAAAUAAAAUGCAGAUUUGCAGAAAAACAACAACAACAACACAGUGGAUAAAUACCAAGAACAUUGUUUCUAUUUUAUGCUUAAGCACUUUCUUUGCUCUGUCAUAUAUUCUUUAAUUCAUCCUGUUGCAAAAAGUCUUCAACUGCAUUCUAUUUCAUUUAGAUUUUCCUCAGUGAGAAGACUUUUUGAGUCAGGAUGAAUCAAGGACGCCAUAUAAUAAUGCCUUAAACUUGAUUCAAGUCAAGUGUGUCACGUAAUCACAGUGUGGGUUGUUGGCCCAAGUGGAGCACUUCGUUCUUAUUUGCACUUUUUACGUGUCUCGUUAUGGCUACAGCCAUCCCACAGGGAGAGUAUUUAACCAUUCUUAUUCUUUGACUUAUGUUUCUUUAUUUUAUUUGGUCCUCCAUCACUUCACGUCAAUACGCAGUUUUCUACAUUUUGAAUGUACCAGAUUUAUUAGGUCAGUUUGCCACGUCGACAGUGCUGUGUAAAUGUGUAAUAUAAAGUACAAUAUUGUGUGAGGUGUUCUUGAAAUACCACGUCUCUCUCUUUAAAAGCCAAGUAGAAAAGUGCCACAGAAACCUUAAACAGUUGGAUUCUGUUGUUGUGUUGCUGUUCUGAAUGUGAGCAUUUAUUUGUAUUUACUCCCUCAAAGUGGCUGUUAUCAACACUGUGAAACAUCAGUAGGAUUUUUACAAAUCUAAUAGCUUCUGUUGUUGUUUUGUUUAUAAUAAAUACCAUAAGCACUGAA